AUGGGGAUUCCUCAUCUGAUUACCACGCUGGAGAAUUAUGCCUCUCACGAGAUUCUCCAGCACCAAGUGGUAGUCGUCGAUGGCCCAGCAUUGGCUUAUCAUAUUCUUCAUCUCUGCAGAUUUCAAGGGGCCAAUCAGCCGUCAUAUGGCCUUCUCAGUCGACUCGUCAUUGAAUGGUUGGAUCGUCUGGAAGAUCAGCAAGUGACCAUUCGAGCCAUAUACUUCGAUGGCUACCUGCCAGAAUCCAAGCAGCCUAUCCGCAUGGAGAGGGUGAUGAAAGUAACUUCCCGGCUCAACUUGUUCUACUCUUCAAAUUCUAUGGCUUGUCCUCGCAAGCAUGUGGUUCCUACAAAUGAUAUAUAUCUAGAUGCAAACCGCCCGGGAAGAUUCACCGAUAAAACUUCCCUGGAUCCGGCUUUUCUUGUUCCCGCAAUCAUUGAUGCUAUCAGAGGUAGCUCUCGAUACCGAGAAAAAUGCUUCAUUAUUCCAGGAGAGGCUGACGCCUACUGUGCUUCGGACAUUGCGAAGCAUGGUGGUACAAUUUUGACAUCCGACUCGGAUCUACUUGCUCAUGACCUUGGCAAUGGCAAAGUUGUCUUCUUCCGAGAUAUCCAUGAGAAUGCUAGUUCGAUGCUGGCUUGCGUGGUGUAUGCGCCUCGUGAGAUAUACACGAAAAUAGGAUUGUCAAAAUCCGUGGAAGCUUGUCGCUUAGGGUAUGAACGGCUGCGUAACCCCAACGCAACGCUUCCUAUGCUAUUGAAGGCCUGCUCGAAACCUAUAGCAGAUGCUCUGGACUAUGAUCAUUUUCGUCAACAAUAUGUCCACCACGAAAGUGCUCCAGUACCGCACUUGGUGGACGGUAGUUUGCUCCCAUUGAGCGGCCUUGACCCCAGAGUGUCAGAACUGCUCCUUCAAAUUGGCCAGGCGCCUAAAGCCAAGAACGCCCGAGAGAAGGCCAAGAUUUUUCUUCCAUCCUUAUUCGAUAAUCCCACCAAAGGCACAUCUUGGGACGCAAGCGCGCAUGUCCGGACGUUGGCCUACACGGCGGCGUGCCGCUAUCUUCAAUGUCGCUGCUCUAUGUCAGUUGAGGAAUACAGAAGAGUGCAGAACAUCAAUCAAAAGGGACGAGAAAUUUCACUGCUAUCCAGCGAUGAGACAAAUAUAGCGGCCCGUGAGCUGCUGGAACUUUUGAGGCGAAAUGCAACCAGCAAGGCAAGAAUUCACAUACACUAA